AUGGCUGCAGCCGGCCCCCUGCGCACCGAGCGCGUCGUCCUCUCCGAGCCAAACAGUGGAGUGGAAGAGCCGGCCGGGGCCGGAGGAAGAGGCCGGAGGCGGGGCGAGAGGAGCCGGGGAUCCGCCGGGGCCGAACCUGGCGCUUCAGCCCGCGCUGCCUGCCGCGCGCUGACGGCCUGGGGAGGUGCGGGGGGCGCUGGCGCCGCAUCCCUGGCUCUUCCUGGCGGGUCGGGACGGUGUCGGGCUGGCUUGACCGAGCCUGAGCUCGGCGCCGAAUCGGGGUUGAGCCAGUCGCAGCAAGAGGACUUGCCCGACCAGGGCUUUCCCGGGCGCGGCCUCUCCAGGUUUUAGAUGCGUCCCGGCCGAUCGCUCCCUAGUUGCCCAGCCUGGAAGCUUCGGGAGAUUGCGCUUAGAGACCAGACCUCGGUCUCCAGACUCGGUGGCAGAAACUGGCGAUCCAGCCCAGCCGUUCAUCACCGAGGGCUCCGGCUCCCACCCGAGAAGGCGCUGGGGAGAGACGGGUGGGGAUGGCUCAAGUGUCCACACCUAAAAAGGGUGCCGAUUUUCCUUCCAUUUCUUUUGGGGGGGGGGGGUGAGGGU